AGACGACAAAAUCGGAUGCGUCGUACUCAUAUGAUAGAUUAGGUGUGCGUCCUAGUCCUUGUACUUCAAAGCUCCUCGCUAUGACAGCCUAUUGGGUCUCGCACAGACAAUAGAAAAGAAUGACGCAAUUGUGAGGUUGCCAUGCUACCAUGAUUGGGAGAGUGGCGGUAGUGGUUGUUCUGGUUCCGGUCUCCGACGCAGUAGAGCUUUUUCAAUCGCAUUGAGCAUAAGACAGCAGCAUCCGCAUUGUGUUCCAGUCUCUGAACGCGCAUCAGGGAUAACUUCGAAUGAACGGGAGCGGCCCCUGUGAUAAUUGCGGUACUCGUCCCAAGUCUUCCAUCAACAACGCGCAUUCACGAGUACCAGGAGUACAACAAGAAUUAUAAUAUAACUUACAGGCUAACACAAGAACAUCCUUUUCAAGAUGCAGUCCUACGAACAUCACUCCUGGGGAGGACCACAUGGACACCAGGGUGGACCACAUGGACACCAGGGUGGACCACAUGGACACCAGGGUGGACCACAUGGACACCAGGGUGGACCACAUGGACACCAGGGUGGACCACAUGGACACCAGGGUGGACCACAUGGACACCAGGGUGGACCACAUGGACACCAGGGUGGACCACAUGGACACCUGGGACAGCACCAAUACCCUGGUGGAAUGUAUAGAGGUGCAGGUGGCGCCAUGUCAGGAGGGGCUGAGGCAGCGGCGCUCGCAGCAGCAAAGGAGUUCAUAGGGAAUGAAGGCGAUCCCGAUGCUGUUAUGAACAACGGACAACUUCUGUUUUGAUUGUCUUCAAAAUUUUUUAUCGAUUUUGAAAACAUUCGAUCGAUUUUUGAUUCGGUCCGCCUUUUGUACAGCAACGACCUAAACUACAAGUUGUUCUUCGUAUCUGUCCUACUCGUGAGCGAUUUGAUACGUACUAUUCGUAUACGAAGAAUGGAACAAGAAAACAAAUACUGAUGAAAUGUGUCGUCCCGAUACACAUAGAUACUCCUGCGACUUCUAAAAACAAGAACCCAGACCGCAGCCAACGCCCUCAGGGAGAUUGGACGCUGCAGAUGACAGCGCAAGGAAGCCAGUACUAUUGGAAUACAAAGACUGGGGAAAGCCGAUGGAUGAUGCCUGAGGAGCUGAUGACGCCUUUGCAGCUCAAAAUCGCAAAACUGACACCGUGGAGAGCGUACUCUGAUGCAAAUAAAUUUUUAUCAACAUCAACAUAAGCGUGGCUUGAUGCUGAUCGAAGUAUGAUCAUCAUAAUUUUCGAGAAACUACAACUUUUAUUACAUGUUGUCAAUCUCAUAACUCAGCGCAUGCUUUCACUUCCAGAAUUCUAAGGCUUACGAGAUCAUUACUUUACUUACUAUCUCAAACUCACAUCUCAUCAGGAUUCCGCUUUGGGGCGACAAGGUAUACUACUACAAUAUGAACACAAGAGUGGCUUGUUGGCGAACACCGGAGGUUGUGGAAAAAAUUCAAGAAGGAAAGUUGGAUCAGAUAAAGGAUGACGACGAAGAACGUGAGGAAGAUGAAAUCUUGACUGAACAAGAAAAACGCACGAAAUAUUCCUAUUUUCUGCGCCACUUGAUCACUACGACCUUGGCGGAAGAGGAGAUAGGGGACUUAACCUUUCUCAGGGUAGAAGAGGCUAUGCCAGAAGAUCAGAAAAUUGUCGAAAAGCGAAUAAGAAGGCAGUGCUUCGUACUUGCUUUGACUUUGGUUUAUUACCACCUAGUACUAGUCCUUUAGAACAAGUCGUCAGCGUACUCGUCUAAGGACGACGGACUCUCUCUCUCUCUCUCGCGAAAGAACUCGCAUAUAAUAAGUAAUUAGAAACUCUCUCUUUAUUCUCAAUCUCAAACUCGCAUAUAUUAAUUAGAAUUUAGAGACUCUACUCUCUUUCUCAAUCUCAAACGCUCAGGCCGAGUACCUUUCCGCGAUGAAGAAAGAGCGAUGGGCGAAGCAGGAACAGGAGAAGAAGGAAGGAAUCGCGCUUCUUGAGAAGGAAAUGCAGCAUUAUCUGGAACAAGCAGAACGCGCAGAAUUAGCUUCCGGAGUCAAUAUUGACGAAGUGCAACUCCCUUUCGUCCGAUUCGAAACCCUGGACGCAACACAGUUCAAACAUUGGGUUAUGAUCAACAAGAGAAGUUGUGUAAUUAUAUAGCAAAAUUAUAUGCAUAGGAAAACUUAUAUCCGCACGAUAGCUUCCAUGAUCUUGUUCACAAUGACUACAACAAGCUAGAUGCAUGGAUACAGUGGUGAAACUAGCUGUAUCACGGAAUACAAGAUGAAGCACUGAUGAAUCAUCCCCUUCUACUAACAACUUGUUCUUCAACACUACAACGAGUUUAGUUUCCCGUAGCUCAACAUAACCAUGAUAUAAUAUCAUCACUUUCUUCUAAUAGCCGUUGUGUUUCGCAAGUAGAGCAUAAGCGCAUGUUCUAUCGCGUCCUUGCCAAGUUCUUGCAGCGAAGGGAGAAGCGAAUGUUGAAACGCCAACAGACCCUGCUUCCCCAGUUUCAUGCUUACUUGUGCAAUCACGAGAAGAUCAACCCAAGCUUGACGUGGGAGGAAGCCUUCGAAAUUGUUGGUAAAGACAGGCUGGGCAGGCUCUUCGUGAGCGAGUUAGGCCAAGUCGAGGCCUUGCGAAUUUGGAAGACGUUCAUUGAGAUGGCGGCAUUACCCGGGGCGAGAGGCUUACUGCAUCCUGCAGUGAGAGAGGACCGACUCGCACGACAAAACUUUUUGCAGUUACUCCGCGAACACGAUUUCUUACCGCAGAAGAUGAUGGAAAGAGAAGCAGGUGUGGGAGCAAUUGAUGCAACAUCUUCUACGAAUGCAACAGGUGCAGGUGGAGGUGGAGCAACAGCUUCUUCUUCUAGUAGUUCGUCAACUGGACAAAAAUUACAAAAAGACUUCUCUUCUUCUUCUUCCAGUUGGAAUGAGGUUCGUAGCGCGGUUCGUAGUUGUCAAAGUGUAGAUGAAUUACAGCAACAUCUGAAUAUGAGCGGCUCCUCGUCAUCUAUUGUGAUUUCCGACUCCAUUCUGGCGGAUCCUAGAAUAAAAGCGAACGAAGCGAUGAUAGCAGCGAUAGCGGACAAGAGAGCGUCUUCAUCCUCAGCAUCAUCGGAUAGCGAAGAGGACUAUGUGGUUGUAGCGGAUUCAGCAGAUGAUGAAAUCAAGAAGACUUCCGCAUCUACUUCCGGAUCUUUAGACCAACAAGCGCCAUUUUUAGCAUUGGAGGAUUGCAAAUUGGUGGCACGUAUGAAAAAGCACAUCAAGCACUUACACUCCGCAGAAGCGGCUGAGAUCCAGAAGAGGCGGUUGUUUUUUCGUGAAGAAAUUCAGCCGAAAAUCCAAGACGAUGAUCGGUAUCAAGCACUCCAAAGGCUACACGUCCAGAGGAACACGGUCGCGGCAUGUAGUAGCCCAGAGAACAUUUACGUCUUCCACGAAGAGCACAAGUGCACCGUCUUGCAAUUGACGAAGUUAGCAGCAUUACGCGCAAAGCACAAGAGCAAGAACAAAGGCACGACUGGCGCGGGUGAACAGACGAGCGCAUUGACCAGAAAAAGGAAAAGUAAUCAGGUUGGAGGUACUGGUGCAAGUGCAGCGACUGGUGGUGUGACGCCUUCUUCUGCUACAAAUGAAGUCGUGAUGGGGACGACUAGUGGUAAUGUAGAAGGUGUAGUGAAGACCCCGUCCUCUGCGCAGCAAGGAGCAAAUAUUAAAGAUUCACCUGCUACUUCAGCUAUAAUUGCAGGACGAGAAGAUCUAGUACUUAGAAAGCCCAAAACCGGUGAGGGCGAAGCUACUAGUGGUAAAAAUGAAGACAACAAUAUUACCAGAGGAGGUGCAGCUGGUGUUGAUAUCGAUGACAAUGAGGAUGAUCAAGAAAUGCUCCUAGAAGAGGAUGAAGACGUAGAGGUAGAUGGUGAAAACCUUGGAGGAGUGGACGCAGACUUUACGGCUUUAGCUGGCGCCACGAAGCGUCGGCGCUUCGUGAAUAAAACGAUGCGAAUGACGGAGCUCAAGGGUGAGCGCACAGUGAUCGUCAACGCUGGAGCAAUUAAGAGCGCUCAGAGGACGACCCCAGUUGUUCUAGAGAUGAAUGAAGAAACGGGGACAGUGGUCCGUUCCACAAGAGCCCAACAUGGUUCACCGGAGCGGUCAUCUCAACAUCAAAGUCAAACAGGGGUCUCAACAUCAAACUCCGGUUCUUUCAGGCGAAAGCGUAGACCUGAAGACGCGGUUAAUGAACUGGUUCAGCGUAAUGACCCUCUUGCGGCUCUACCCGAUUCGUCCAUCGGAAACGUUGGAGGCAUUUCUAUCAUCGGCUCGAUCAAGCAAGUGCCGAAACGCACGACGAGUCCGUCCCGAGGCCCCGCUGGCACAGCCGGAGCAACGCCUACUGUUAAGACACGACGACUCUUGUUCCUUUCGCUGUUUCUAGUACUUCUUAUCGUCAGUUGAUAAUGAUCAGGUUGACGACUUUUUAUACAGGUGAAAAACUUUGUCAAUGUGAAUCGUGUUUGAAGAUGAUCAUGCGUCACUUCAUCAAGCUGUCGGAUCAAUAAUAGAUAUGUUCUUCUAACCAUCGCGGCUCCCUCGUUCAAGCACAGCAGGGCGAUCUUAUCGGACCGCCUCCGUCCGCGGUCAAGGAUGCCGACGCUUUGCUGGAGGACUUGGCUUUAGAAGAGCAAGGGAAAAAACAACUUGAGCAAGAAUCAGUUGAUCGCGCAACCGCGUCCGCUGGUGUACUAGUCGAGUUAACAGAUGAAGCCGGUUUGUCAAUGGUCGAGCACGCACUAAAAUCUCCUAAAGCAGCUGCGACCUCAGCAAUGGUUCAAGUAGUCCCUGGUGGUGCUAGACGACGUGGACAGAGCUUGCAACAGUUGCAUAUUCCACGACCUAACGAUAUGCCGGACGAUGAAGAACUGUCACAGGAAAUUGAGCUUCAAGUAGAGGAACUGGCCCCACCUGAGGGACAUGUAGAGCAAUUCUCACCGAAACAGAAGGCUCAGCAUCUACCAUCCCUGUCGAAAGCUAUGUCAAUUCGGCCACCUGGAAGUGUGCGCUCAGGUCCGUUUGGUACUCUUGGUGCGGCUGCAGUAGCUGGCGGCGCAAGUGGCGCUGCGGGAAGUGGUGGUGCGAGAGGUACUAUCGAUAUAAUGGCUGUGGUUUGUGUAGAAUCUUUGUCUAUCAAUCUACAUCAACAGCAUACAACUAUUUAUGCGUCAUCAGCUUUGCGAUUCUGCUUCUACCUUUUCUCAUCUUCCCAUCUUCCACAUCCACUUCCUCCUCCAACCACUACCACACCAAAUGAACUUGAACAGAACCCGGCGUGGUCGUCAAAAAGGCGAAUUACAACGCGUUUUCACCGGAGAAGCAACCCGCCAAUUCAGCCGGUGUUGAUGAGCAGAUGCCUGAUUUCCAACUUGGGGAAAAUUUAAUCGACAACCAUGACGAACAAGACCUUGCGGAAGGAGCACACAAAGCUGAAGAGCAAAGUAAAAUGAGGAACUAGAACUACAUUUUCAGUGAGAUGAAGGCAUAGGAAGAAAACAAGGGGAAGAGUUGUAUUUUCUCUCGUUGAGCAGGUUGAGUCAAUCUUCGCUGACAAUCCCAUUGUCUUAAAUUUGCUGAGGCCUCCCAUACGCAUGCCCAUACCUCCUCGCGAUGACUAUUAUUUUCCGAUCACUUGCUGAUGAGUGAUGAACAAGUUCGUCCCACAGAGAAGAUUCGCAACACGUUGUACCCGAACGAAGAUGGAAAAAUUAUCGUAACUACGAGAAGAGACGAGUGAACAAACAUUUAUACACUGGGUAACCGUUGAGAGAAAAAAAGCUACUUCUGAGUUGUUGG